CCAGCCUCUAGCGCGAAGGCAGCGUUGCCACUUGUCGCGGUCGAUUUGACAUCUUUCGUCCGAGUCCAUCUGCACCCAGAUACGGAAAACUGCUAGACAAAGAACGCACACCCGUCUGGCAGCAUCGCAGACAGACUCAAAUAUCCAGCAACCGCGACGAUGGCGGGCCUUUUUGGAUCGGCAUCGGCGGCGACUUCUAACACACUCGGCGACCUCAGUAAAGAUGUCGAGCUCGGGAGCCCGCCCGAGGACAGCAUCUCGGACCUCGCGUUCAAUCCCAAUCCGACCGACCCCAAGGAUUUUCUGGCCGUGGCGAGCUGGGACAAGAAGGUGCGGAUCUACGAGAUCAUGAGCAAUGGCCAGGGCCAAGGGAAAGCGCAAAUCGAGCACGACGGCCCCGUGUUCUCAGUCGAUUUCUUCAAGGACGGCCAAAAGGUCAUCUCUGCGGGUGCCGACAAGCAGGCCAAGCUGCUUGACCUGGCCACCGGACAGUUGGCGCAGGUAGCGCAGCACGAUCAGCCCGUCCGCUGCGUACGGUACUUCGAAGUCAACGGGACGCCGAUGGCGGUCACAGGCUCUUGGGACAAGACGGUCAAAUACUGGGACUUCCGGAGCGCCCAGCCGGCGGGAGUGGUCAACUGCCAAGAGCGGGUUUAUACCAUGGACGUCCGGGAUAACCUUCUGGUCAUUGGCACUGCCGACCGGUACAUUAACGUGAUCAACCUGAAGGAGCCGGCUAAGUUCUACAAGACUCUGCAGAGCCCCCUGAAGUGGCAGACGCGGGUUGUCAGUUGCUUCACCGACUCGCAGGGGUUCGCCAUCGGCAGCAUCGAGGGCCGCUGCGCGAUCCAGUACGUCGAGGACAAGGACGCGAGCAUGAACUUCUCAUUCAAAUGCCACCGCGACCAGCCUCAGGGCAACGUAACGAACGUCUACGCUGUCAACGACAUCUCGUUCCACCCACAGCACGGUACCUUCAGCACGGCCGGUAGUGACGGCACGUUCCACUUCUGGGACAAGGAUGCCAAGCAUCGGCUGAAGGGGUACCCGAACGUGGGCGGGAGCAUCACCUCGACGACGUUCAACAAGACCGGCACCAUCUUCGCGUACAGCAUCAGCUACGACUGGUCCAAAGGCUACCAGGGCAACACAGCCAACUACCCGACAAAGGUCAUGCUGCAUCCCGUGCAGCCGGAUGAGUGCAAGCCGAGGCCGAGCGUCAAGAAGAGGUAGGACAACGGAAAGACGUCUCGGGCAAGUAAGUGAUGGGGCACCAUGGGGUAAAGCAGUUUGCUAGGUAGCAAAGAGGUCGACUGCUCGGAUUUGCAUACCAAAAUAAAAAACAAAAGAAAAACCGAAGAUACCAAUCGAGAUAAGGGGAAUGGACAGUCAACAAGUCAAAGUCGACGGGGAGUAAUACAGGCGUAAGAGAGCCAAUACUCAUCUGUCUCGGGGAUGGUUAGUGUAGUUGU